AUGAUUCCAUUUAAAAAAUUAGCAUCACUUUUUAUACGUACAUUCUCUAAACCAGUUGCCAAUUUAAUCAAGAGAUACGCUCUGAAUAAUAGCAAUAACAGAUCUUUAGGAAGGAGGAUAGUCAGAAAUGGCUUUAUCUUUUUAGGAAAUAGAUACCAUGCAUUAGAUGUAUAUUUGGAUAGAGUCUCGAUUGGUCAAUCAAAUCAGCAAUUUUUCAUUAAACCCCUAACAGAUGAAACUGCAUUUCUGAAAGGUUGUUGAUCAAUUGAUAUUGAAAUAGGCACUGAUCUAUUCUCAGAUGUAUUUAUUUAUAUCUGUGUCUUGGGAUUGCCGUUAUAUGAAAUCAUAAGGCAAUCAAAUGAGUCAGCCCUCAAAGAAGCCAUUUAUGAUGACAAAUUACACAAACUAUCAAAAGUACGCCCACAAUUUUGAGUUUUAGGAAGUUGAAGAAUUAGAGUUAAUUGAAUCUAAAAUUAAGGAAAAACAAUUAGAGUUAGCAUAAUUAGAUAAAAUUCUAAUUGAAUAAAUAUCAUAAACUAACCAUGAAUUUUAAUAGCAAUUAGCAAAACAUCUUAAUUGA